AUGGUGGAGAAGAUUUCUAGACAGAAUCUGCGGAAUAACGCCGUGAGCACGAGGCUAGAGGAGCAAAAGUGAGUUACUCUUUAUUGUUUUGUUCAUGAAAAGUCCCUCCUUUUUUCCCGCUUGGUAUCCCUUUCCGACCGACGGUUCGCCCGUUGCCAUGUCACGUCGCGUAUCGUGAUUAUCAAAAAAAAAUAAUUUGAAAUGAAAACAAUGAAGCCCGGAAAAAAAAAAAAAAAAGAAAGAAUGGGAUCGAGUAACAAAACAUGCCUCACUUUUACGGUCGGAAUUAAUAGUUAUUGAUCCGCGACCUCGAUUUCCAUUGGCGAUUAUGGGUGUAUUAAUUCUAGCCACGAUUUUUUUCCUUCUAACGCUGGUUCUAGAAAUAUCGUCGUCUCGCGGAAACGAAAGCUACAGGAGAUCUACGCAGUAUGUCGCCACAUCGACAGAACAAAGCCUUUUCCAAAUGCUGAUAUCGUCGAGACAUGGGGGACAAUUGAGCGAUAUGAGGGCGCAAAUAUGGAGGACGGCGAGAAGAGGUUUCUCGAGGAGAAUGACAUUGAGAGGUAGAUUAUUCUGGGGCUUUUAUGGGUCCUGUUGGUUUUUGCUGAUUGUCUCCCUAGAGGUCGUUUUUUCCAGGAAUCCACACUACCACCGCAUUCUUCAUACCUGCCCGAGCCUGGUGGAUUUCAAAAGGCGUUCGCGGCUCAAUUAGCCCCUCAUCUUGCUGUAAAAGCAAUCUCACGUCAUGCGACACCCCUAUCCACGUCUGUUCUCGAGAAGCCUUCACAGGCGUUUGAUCGUCCAACGCUUUCCCAGGAACCCGAACUCUUAACUGAGAGGGAAGCGCGACAUGCUUUCGGUGCGCGGAUUAGGGUGGAGGACCAAUCGUCCACAAAAUCUGGAGUUGUAAAUGGGAAGCGGUCAAGCGAAACGCCGACCGAAGAUGGUUCUGUCGAUUCGGAAGCAACUGAAGAGGAUUUGGGGUCACUAUCUCAUGUCGUGGAACUCGUAAAGUCGGGGAAUGCGGCGCCCGUCCUUAAUAUUGGUGGGGUUCCAGUUGUGCAGGAAGCGGCUACGAGAGUUCCGGAUGAUCAUGAACGGUCGCUUGGGGUUCGCCCGCCGCCAAUACCUUCCGAACUUGUAAACACAACUAGGGGAAAUGCUACACAAAUUGUAGCCGUGCGAGAUGGGAAGACCAGGGAGCGGGAAAAUCGUGUGGAGAAGGCUAAGUCUACUGAGCCAGCUGCGGUCACGAGUUUUGGCGAUUCUGCGCACGAAGUCCCGGAUUCCUUCGAGUCGUCACAGGUCUCAUCAUUAUCUGAACCCCCAAGUCCUGCUGCUUCAAAAGGCACGGUCCUUGAGCCCCGGUUGCCCGUGGCGUCCCAGGAAAUUCAACGCAUCCCCCCACAACCGCCCCUGGUUAUUAUUACCAACAAAGGAGAUCGCCCCUCUCCUAUCCCUCCCUCGAAAUUGCCCUCAGGACAUGCUUCUCAUUCGGAUGUUUAUUCACCUACAUCCUCAAUCGACGGUGAUAACCGAAGUACUCCCGGCAAUAUCUUAUCUUCUGCGACCAGCCCGGAUGCUAACCACAUGUUAGGCCCAGACCCUCAUUCAGAGGAGAGCAAUGGUCAAAUCAAGGAGGUUGUCGCUGAAUCCGGUCCCUACGGUGUGAUAACUAUGCCAGCCGAGGAGGCAGCAGAGGAGGAGUUGGCUGGGGCAUUUGUGGAGAAGAGCAUGUCACCUUGUGGAGCGCAGUCUGAAAAGUCUUUGCCUUCUGCCAUUGUCACUGCGGAACUUGUCAUGGAUGAGGAUGAGACGCAAUCUCAAUUACCUGCGACGCCGCCUCAGGAGCCCAUGAAUAGAGGGGAACCUGAUCUUGCUGCAGUCGAAUCGGCAGUGACCAUUACCGUUCCGAACGCCGAUGAGGCUCAGUCAGCUAGAACCGAUAAAUCUGCAUCCCCAGAUCCUUCGGCACAGUUGAGAUUGGAGAAUUCGCUUGCUCAGGAUGAUAGCAAUCUUGAUUCGCUGGCUAACGAGGGGCUGCAUUCCUCCCAAAGCCUGGCGGGGGUAGGCGAAACACAUGAUGAAGACCUCGAAGACCGGGUACAACUUGUGGGCAGUCGCGAGCCCGAGCCCCGGACUGCCGGUCCGACGAGAGAAGUUGCGGAGGCUGUGAGGGAGGUUGAGGAUGCCUCCGAGAAUAUGGAGAUUGAUAUUCCUGACAGGGCUGGCGAUAUGGGGGUAGCGAGUCAUGAUACCGCCAUGUCCGGCGUUGAUCAACCUAUGGUUCACAGGACUACAUUGGGGACACAUGUGGGCGAUAUCUCUGUAGGAGGCAUUUCUUUGCCCGAGCAACAGAGUUUAGAGGCAUCUACUUUGCAAGAGAUUGAUGAUUCUAAAAUGGAGAUCGAUCACACCGCAAACGAGCGACACGAUGAAACAGGGCCACUGAAUAAAGUACCGACUCCGGACGCGAAUACCUUGGUUGGCGCUGCGGCGGAACCACCCGCUAGCCCCACGAAUUCCGUGUUCGCGCCCGACAAUAGGGAAGACAUUCCCUCUUCAGGUGGAAUGGUAGUGGGGGGAGCCGAGUCUGAUGGUUCUUUGGUUCCGGACACAUCACUCGUAAAACAACCAUUGCGAAGGCAAGAGACGCGCAAAAAGCCAGCGAAGCUGAGCAAGGUAGUCAUCUCUUCAACACACCACGCCUUAGCCGCUCUCGAAGAAGAAGCCAAGCGACUACACGAGGAUCAAAUUGCUCAAGGGCCGAUUGUUGUUGCCCGGCGCAGAGACCAACAGGCAGCGUCUGCAGCAGCACGACGGAGUGCGGUUUUUCAGCCUGGCAGCAAAAUUGAUGCGAUUACUCGAUAUGGUAUAGCAGAGCCACCAUCCGAGGAAAAGAGCAAGGUAAAGAAUGCCGAUAUGUUCGAUGUCGCGUAUACUGCCAAAGCCUCAGGAACCUUAAUAUCUGAUCUGCUACAACGGUCAAGCAAGACUCUGACUACGGAUGACCACCAGGUGCAUUACUUUGAGACUCAGGCGGUAAGGAUCGAGACCCGAAUUCUUGAGCUACAGGAGCAGGGGCUUUGGAGUUUGCGACAGAUUCCCCGGGUUGUGGAGCCACGAAGGAGGAAAUGCCAUUGGGAUUACCUUCUUGAAGAGGCAAAGUGGCUUCGUGAUGAUUUUAAAGGGGAGAGGAAAUGGAAGAUUGCUGUGGCAAGAUACUAUGCAAAAGAAGCAGUCAGAUGGCACCGGGCAGGGGAGGGGAGAUGGCGGCUACAGGUUGAUAGGAAACGACUCGGUAUUGUGCCUAAAGGGAUACGGGAGGAGCGGAGAAGAGUUGCGCAUAUUGAAAUGCAGGAUAGUGAUAUGAAUCAACCCACACCUGAUUUAGUAGAUGGUUGUGGAUCUCCGGAAAGCGAUUACGACUUUCCGAUGGAUGACAGACCUCAUGAUACGGAUCAGGGUAAUUUCGCCCAUAUCUAUGAACCACCCGCAACCCUUUUCACGCUUUCGCCUGAGGAGACGGUGUUUGCUAUGCCAGCCUCAAAGGCAUCAGAUGAUAUUUUAAAUCAGCUACCGUUAUAUGGCCCUCCAGAGCCUCCUACUGGACAACUUGAGGAGGUCGAAGAGGAGUGGACGAAAUUGCCGGUUGUUGCCAUUUCAAAGUAUGCAAGUGGGAAGCUAGUCAUCCCGGAGGAGCAGGGUCCCCCAUCCAAGAAGAGCAGAUACGAAUAUGAGGAAAACCAGGACACCUACGCGGACGAUUCCGACGAGGAUGAAAAACUAGGCGGCGGUAGGUUAAUCGGGCGCAGCAAGAGGGACAAGCUGCGGAAGCCAUCGUCCCUUCCACCCGAACAGACGAAUGUUGCACUGUUCAAGCCAGAAUCCAAAUCGAUACUGCAGAGGGUGCAUAAUUCUCAUGUUCCGCGCUUGCCUAGUGACUUUCCGCCACCUUCUUUCUUUGAAAAUCGACACCCAAGUUUGUGGUUGGCAUCCGAGGAUGAAAUGCUCAAAACCCUUGUCCGGGAAUACCACCAUAACUGGGGGCUUGUUAGUCAGUGUCUCACCCUUCCCGGUGACUGGCAUUCUGGCUCAGAGAGGAGAAGUCCUUGGGAGUGUUUUGAGCGCUGGAUCGCCCUUGAGCCCAUUCCCCCCGAGUUUGCCAAGAGUCCACACUUUAAGCCGAUCCAGCAACGUCUGGAUGUCGCAGCGAGAGUAAACGGACUGUAUGGUAAUGUACCCGGCUCGGCAGGCGGAAGCGGUUCUGGAGGCGUGAAACCGAGGAGGGGUACAGCCCCAAUCAAGGUGGAGAAACGGAGAAAUACACGGAACUUUACACUGAUUGAGUCAAUGCGAAAGUUGGCGAAAAAGCGCGAAACCAGUGUCAACAAGCAGCAAACUAACAAGAGUAUGAUAUCCCUCGCUCUCCGGAGAAAAUAAACAUUUUUACCCAUAUUUGUAGCUGAUGAAUUAUUUAGACCAAGUGGUCGCUGCUAUGAAGAGAGCUUCGGAGAGCCAAGCCAGCACAGCGAAUCCCUUGAGAACACCACAGUAUUUUAGCGCGAUGAAGUUUGAACGGGAGCAGAAACACCUAGAGCAGAAGAAUAUAUAUAGCCAGAUGCAAAUGCAACAGGCUCGUAAUGUAUGGUUAUCCCUCCCCUACAGCCCACAGGUUUGUUCCUAACGUAACACCAGGGCAUCCCUCCCCAAGCUCGCAUCGCACACCCGGGCCAGCACCACGCGCUUGCGAAUGGUGUAUCAAUUCCUGUCCAACAACGAGUCGGUGCCCCAGCCCCGCAGGGGCCUAACGGAGUCCUUCAAGUCCCUCGGGCGCCACCGAUGCAAAACGGUACCAACGGCAUUCCAGUGAGAUCUCUUCCGGCACAAUUGUCCCAGGGGCAGCAGGCUCAACGCCCCACUCCCGAAUAUCUUGCCCACCUCCGCCGGAUAGCACACCAACAACAGCAUGCUGUCGUGGCGCCACAGAGCUAUCCAUCUUCCAGUGCACUCGGAGCCCAAGGCUCGCAAUCCGGCGCGCAAAGCAUGCAAACGUUACUUCAGCAAGCUCAGCAAGCAGCCCUCGGCCAAGGUCAGCAAGUGAGCGUGAAUCAACAAGCCCCUCAGCAAAAGCGUAUCAUCCCCCUUCCAAUUGAUUCUCAAGCCUCAGUCUCCCCUCCCCUUAUGCCACCCGCCCUUACCACGGCAGCCUCCACCCAGCUUAAGCCAGCUCAGAUGUUAAUUCAAGAAAUGGCGGCAUUAGUGCAAUAUCAGAAUCCUAACCUUCCACAGGAGCGUGUCCGCGAGACUAGCCAGCCAACACUCGCAUCUUACCACGCUCAGCUAUCACAGAAUAUCCAAGCCCAGGUGCGUAGCCCCGUGAGACCGAGCCCAGCGCGAACGGCAGCGGCCAACACCGGUCCUAUGAUCGGUGUCAAUGGGCCUGUGAACUCGGCCUCAGACCCUCCCGCAGUAGCGGUUAGCGCUGGAAGCCCCAGAUUGAAUAAUGGUCAAAUCCCCACUCAAUUGCCGCAACCACAGCAACCACAAGCCAGCCAGCCGCAGCCGCAGCCAGCCUCACAGCAGUAA